GAAUGCAGAUAUGAUCGUAUAGAUUGUGAUAGAAAUAUACUUCUUCGUAAUCUAACGGAUAGCAGUACCACUGGCAUCGUUUUCAAAGGACCCCCACUUAAUGUUCUCGACAAAACAUAUUCAACUUCUUGCAAAACUUGCAUAGAUAGGUUGCUAAGAUUUUUUAUGCAUUAUGAAAAUUGUGAAUUAUUCAUAACAUAUAUUAUGAAUAAGAUCAUAGGUGCAUUAAUACAAAAUAUCUAA